GUUGUUGCACCCUCGAAUGGGUGCAAAGUUGUUGUUGACCCAAAAACGAAAAGUGGUCCUCAAGAACAUCAAGGGACUUCUUCAUCUUCUCGCUUUCAACACCUAUCAUUCAACAACACUCCGAAGACCUUAACCUCAUCGUACUCAAAACAGAGUCCUCAGAGUUCAGCAUCUUCAGCCAGACCAGUUGUGCUAAAAUUCAAUGGCUUGCCGCAUCCGACAGCAUCGUGUGUGAUGGGGAAUCAAUUUUUUCGCGCACUAUCUGCGCCCUGUAGUGCCGUCUGUGGUGCUUCGGAGGCUCCCACAGUAGAUGAAAACGCAGCUGCACUACAACAAGAAACAAGAGAUGCUACAACAACUUCUGAGAGCACAUCAAUAAAGAAGCCUGCUCCAACUGCAAUUUCAUCUCAUCUGAAGAACAGGAAUUUUCUUCAACCUCAAAAGAGAACGUAUGUAUCACCGUUGAAGGAAGAAAAGCCGAAGAGUCCUGCUAAAAGUCCGAGGAAUUCACCUGGUGGAAAAGCGAGCUCACCUGGAAUUAUGAAAACUACUUGCUCAUGCUCGUUUGCUCCUACGUAGUUGCGAUUCACUGGUAUCUACUUGUGAGUAUCUGCUCGGCUAAUAAACUUCGAAUCGUACUUAUCGGAUUCCCCCCGUGUCAAUGUUUGUGUUGCUCUUGUUGAUUUUAGACCUUCAGAUUCAGUAUCAGUGUCGAGUAUGAUCUGUUUCAUCUUCUAACAUCCACGUCACUCUCACUUCUCCACGGCCUGGAGGAUCAGCGCAGAGGAGAAUGUCUAGUGCGAAGAGGUCGAAGAUCGACAACGAUGCGGUGGUUGAUGAGGAAACUCUGAGAGAGAAUAGGAAAAAGUACCUUCUGACAGUAGACCAGGGCACCACAUCAUCGCGGUGUUUGCUCUUCGAUUCGACGUUUAGACACGUGAAAACAAGUCAGGAAGAGUUCCCGCAAUAUUAAGGCUGUACCUAAUACAUCUUUGGACGUAUCCUUGAAACGUAAUAUGGAGGAGUAUCCUAAGGGAAUGCUCCCCCAUACUUAUUUUCAAGGAUGCACUUGAAAGAUGAAUUACGGACAGCUCUAACAAUACUAUCCGAAACCAGGAUGGGUCGAACAUGAUCCGGAGGAGAUAGUCCAGAGCGUCCAAAACUGCAUGCAGAAGUUGGGAGUUGCGAAAGAUCAGGUAUACGGCUCUUCCAAUCAAGAAGAUCAUGCGAAUGAAAGGAGGACUUCUCUACUAGAUUGUAACCUCGACUUGUUCCUGAAGAUGAACAUCUUUUCACAAAAUUUGCCCACAGGUGAGCGCAAUCGGUAUUGCAAAUCAGCGAGAGACGACUAUCGCUUGGGAUAGGGAAACGGGGAAACCGUUAGCGAAAGCUGUUGUCUGGAUGGAUACGAGAACGAUAGACGUCGUGAAGGACUUAGUCAAACGAAUGCGCAAUGACAAAGAUUUUUUUCUUAUGUUUCAUCGAUUGUUUUGUUGAACAAUUUUGUAAAGUGUCCGUAGGUACGGGUCCCGGGGCUACGAAGACCAUUCUCGUUUAGGACUGUACCUUCCUACGAAUCAUGCGAUUAGUACUUACUUACUUGUAAUACAUGUAGUCGCUAUAGUCGAUACUAACAAAGCACCACAUCCUCGAUUUACAGAAGAAUCCACAUCUUCCCCAUUUUCAUACUACGGCCAGUAACGGGCUUGCCAAUUAGCACAUACUUCUCUGGUUUGAAGAUCAAGUGGCUACUUCAGAACGUCAAAGCGGUGAAGGAAGCGCAUGAUGCAGGCAAAUGCUGCUUUGGUUAAGGCUAUUCAAUUUUUAGUGCAACUUACUAGUGCCUGCUCUCAAUCUCAAAGAUCCUCUCCUCCACCUCCAUCCUUUUCUAAUCUUGCACAGUGGAUUCCUGGCUAGUAUACAGGAUGACAGGGGGCAAACAGCAUGUGACGGAUGUCUCCAACGCGUCGAGGUAUAUGCUCAUGGAUUUGCGGUCACGUCAAUGGAGUGCAGACAUUUUGCGGACAUUGGGGAUCAAGAAAGAGUCACUACCGAAGAUCGUGUCGAAUGUGGAUAUUAUGAAGUAGACGGGUUGACUGUGAAUUAUACAUACUUCUAACUUCUACUAGUUGUGGUCGCGCCUGGAGUUUACCGCAGUACCAAGUUGAGGAAAAAAAACCGCGCUAGUGCAAUUGCGUAGUUACUUCCUCGUUGAUUUCAAUUUGAUGAUUAUACUUAAAUACAAAAAGAACUAGAUCUUCAUUAAAGAUUCUCGUUCCUAGACCUCCUCGUCCACCUGUCACGCUUUUCCUUCAUUCCCUACUUCGGCGUUGUCUCCGAGGACUUCUCGCGCGCUCUAGCUGGUGUGCCAAUCUGUGGCAUGCUGGGCGAUCAGCAUGCGGCACUAGUAGGACAGUGCUGCUUCGAUGUCGGAGAAGCAAAAAAUACCUACGGAACAGGGUGCUUUAUGAUCGCAAACACUGGUCCAAAAAUCGUGCCGUCUACCAAGGGUUUGCUCACAACAAUCGGAUACCAGAUGGGAAAAGGGGAGAAGACUGUGUACUUACUAGACUUACGUCUUUUUAUCAGCAUGAUCUGGUGUGACCACUGUAACCACGAAAUCAAAAAAUGCAUGCUAGACUGAACGGACUAGUGUUGCUCAACAAAAUUCUAUCACACCAAGAAAAAACACGCUUUUUUCAUACUUGUAGUUGUCUUGUUGUCACUUCUACUAUAGGUACGCUCUCGAAGGCUCUGUUGCCAUCGCUGGGCGUUUGAUCCAGUGGCUUCGGGAUAAUUUGAAGAUCAUCAGCGAUGCUCCCCAAGUCGAAGGCGAGGCCAGAAAAUGUACUUCGAGCGGUGGUGUGUCUGUUGUGCCUGCUUUUCAAGGCCUUUUUGCGCCUCAUUGGCGUGAUGAUGCUAAAGCAGUGUUGUGCGGUAUGACGUUGCAGACGGGAAUAUCCGAGAUUUGUCGAGCAAGUUUGGAGGCAGUGGCAUUGCAGGUCUGCGAUAUCCUGAUCGCGAUGGAGGGGGAUGGUAUGGUGACGUUUUCUUGGUUUUCAGUUUUUUUGCAUGAUCCAUGUUCUUAGUGUCCUCUUCCUUGGAACAAGAUGUUGAAGUUUUGUUCUUUCACGACGACUCCGGAUUUUCGAUUACACCAUGCUCAAGGUCAUCUUCUUUGUUCCACCAGCCCUACGAGAACUCCUCCAGCAUCACCACCAACAUCACCUCACAGGCAUCCCAGUCAAACAGCUUCGCGUGGAUGGUGGUAUGACAGUGAAUGAACUGCUGAUGCAAGUUCAGGCGGAUCUUUUGGGAGUAUCCGUGCAGCGACCGACCAUGGUCGAGACCACGGCACUUGGGGCGACGAUGGCUGCGGCAAUCGGGGUUGGGCUUUACAAAAGCACUUCGGAGAUUCACGAGGUGGUGAUGAGCAUUAUGGUUGACGAGUACUUAAAUGUUUUGUUGCGUAGGUCUAGUAUUAGUAGAAGUUGUUUUCAGUUUCACAAACACAAUUGAUGCACUCCUCAGUCUCUUCUAAACCAAGCGGACAGACCGAAUACAAGACCUUUGAGCCCCAAAUGGCAUUUUCGGAGCGGAAGAAGAUGAAGCUGCAAUGGGCUAAAGCUGUCGCAAAAACGGUCAACGAUCAUUCAAACCUGUAGAGGAGAUCAUGUGGUAGAACAUGAAGACGAACACGAAGAGAUAGGUGCCUAGCUACAACAGCUAGGUCUUCUACUUCUAUUUUAUCAAGAGGUGUAGGAUGAAGUUUUUUUUGAAAAUUUUCAUUGAUUAGAAGUACUACAUCAAGCGAUUUUGGCUCCGCCAGAUUCAUCUCAGAACGUCGAAAGCUGAGGUCACCGUCACCACGAUCCAGAAAAAAAAUUUGGGUGCUGAGCCACAUAUCACAAAAUGCUGCAACUACAUUGCGAACAAAACCAAGUGAUAGAAUUGCGAAAUUGAUGACUAGACGAUGACAAGUAGCAUGACAAUAUACAAACAUCAACGACGAGAACGAUUGACAUGAUUCGAACUACAGAAAGCUGCUCAAUCCUGAGUAGCGUAUGCAUGCCAAGACAUUUAAUUCAUUUCGUUCAUUUCGACACUGCACGAUCGACUAGAGGACCUGAUGUCAUAUCAUGCACAAAAUUGAAAUUCACAGCAAUGAGUUUAUCAUUCAAAUUAAGAGUACGAACACUUCUGUUGACGUUAUCAAAAUUAGGACAAAACGCAAGAAACGGAAAGGCAAACCGACGCUCUUGAUUUAACCAUACAUUAGGAAACAUAGUUCAGCAUGUAAUGAGCAACACCGAGUAGUGUCAUCUAGACUUGUCCUGUAUACAUCUUUACAGAUGGCUGCAGACCCUGUACUAUAAAAAAAUGCUUGUACUACUGACUGAAGAUCUUGGAUUUUCCUGUACCAUAUGCCUAUGCACCAAUCAAUUAUAAACCAACAAUAAUGUUGUAGUUGUUCAG